AAAGAGAUGAUAUCUAAGUAAAAGUAUGGAGUGAGAAUGCCCUAUAAAUGGCGUUCACGCCGUGCCGGUCGAAAAUUGUCGCAACCAAUCAUCCGUUUAUUCACUCUCUUCCUCACUCUCUUUUGAUCCCUCCAAAAACCCUUUCCCACCCCAAUCCCCUUCUCUUCUUCUUCUCCUCUCCCUCCCAAUUCCCCUCCAUACAAUUUCUUCAAUUCUAGGGUUAGGGAUUUCCUCUUCUUAUUCCCUCUUUUCACUUUUUCUCUAUUUUUCUUCAUCACCCUGAGACUCCCUCGCCCCACUCGCUGCUGACGUGGUCGCACCCUCGCCGCUUCUCAUUCUAUGGAGGCCACGGCCGCCGUUUCCGCCGCCGCCACGGCCGCCGUUGUUCGGGGCGCUUCUCUCCAGAUGCCACCACCGUCCCGCAAAGAGUGGCGCGCUGUUGCCGAGCAUCAUCAUUCCGCACGAAACCCCGACGACGAGGAAUUAGAAAACACCAAACUAGGGCAGUCAGACGAGAGAACCAUAUAUGAGGUGCAGCAAGGAAGAGAGCCUCUUGAUGUUGAUUUUUGUUCAAUAACAGUGGAUGGAACAUUGGACAAUGAUAUUUUGCAACAACAGAUUCAUAAUAUUGUUAGACAAAGACAGGAACUAAUGCAAAUGGAGAUUGAACUAAAAGCUCAAAUGAUUGCUAGAACUGAGAUAGUGGAAAUGCGAAACACCUUUGAUGCUCAACUCAAGGAACAUGCUAAUAAUGCCAGCAAACUUCAGGAGCAACUUUGUGAAAGGGAACACACAAUUCAUGAGCUGGAAAGGAAAAUGGAAGAGAAAGACAGAGAGCUGCAUGCUAUUAAAUUAGACAAUGAAGCAGCAUGGGCUAAGCAAGACCUUCUCCGUGAGCAGAACAAAGAACUAGCAACAUUCAGAAUGGAGCGUGAUCAUUCAGAAGCAGAAAGAGCUCAGCAUAUAAAGCAAAUACAUGAUCUGCAAGAACAUAUUCAAGAAAAAGAUAGGCAGCUUAUUGAGUUGCAGGAACAACAAAGAGUUGCACAGGAGACUAUCAUGUUUAAAGAUGAGCAGUUCAGAGAGGCCCAAGCAUGGAUAGCUCGAGUUCGCGAGAUGGAUGUUUUCCAAUCAACUACAAAUCAGACUUUACAAGCUGAGUUGAGGGAGCGCACAGAGCAAUAUAACCAGCUCUGGAUGGGUUUUCAGAGACAGUUUACAGAGAUGGAGAGAGUUCAUUUGCAUGCUAUUCAGCAACUACAGCUUGAGCUGGCUGAUGCAAGAGAGAGGAGUGGAACGUACAAUGAUGAUUCAAGAAUAUCCCAAAUGAAUUCAAAAAAUAAUGUUACUCAGUUUGGACAGGAAAAUGGAAAUCAAUUUGACUUACAUGGAGGCAAUGCUUCAGGUGGAAAUACUGGUCUCCUUCCAAAUGAAAGCUCUGAUAAUGUUUCACCAUUUGCAUCUACAGGCAAUGCAUCAAUCCAGACUGAUCAUGUUCCUGGUGUCCCUAUUGCUCCAUCGUCUCUGCUUGUCCCACCAUCAUAUCUCCCACAUGGUCAAGUAACUGCAUUGCAUCCAUUUGUUAUGCAUCAACAAGGAGUGCCCAAUUCAGUUGCACCACAUGUUCCUCAGUCACAUGCUGGACAUUUUCACCCUGUGCCCUCAAUGUCUCCUCUGCAGCAGUGGCAGAAUCAACAGUCUGUGUCAGACAGUUCAAAGGUACCCAUACAGGAUGACCCAUCAUCAUCCCAAAAUGAUCAAAAUUUGAUGAGAUCCGAUGCCAAGUUUAAUUAUGAAAUGUCUGUUAAUGGACAAACUCUUCAUAGAGACUAUCUGGAUGCUCACAUCUGCCAAGGGGAGGAACCACAAUCUGUGAUUUCAUCAGCUACCAGUGAAACACAGGUUCUUCAGUCAGUAGAUAAAGGUCAACUUGUUACUUCCCAACAAGAUCAAAGCUUACAACUUUCAUCUCAGUUCUCUGAUGCCUUACGAUUGAACUCGUUUGAACCAAAUGGUGAAAUUAAGGAGCAGAAUUCUGUGACGUUAUCCAAUGAUGGACCUGAGGAUCAUGUUUUAUUGGCUGAGCAAACAAGUUCUGCCGCAAAUGCAUCACCUGUCACAAGCAACCAUUCAGUUAAUCAUAAUGAAGUGAUUCAGAACAAUUCUACUGAUUCUGUCUUACCUGAAACAUUCACCACUACUGGGCAGACAGCUACCAUGACAAUUGCAAAGACUUCAGAGACUGUUCUCCUUGAUGAGAAGUCAUUGUUAGCUUGUAUUGUUCGCACCAUUCCAGCUGGUGGCCGAAUUCGAAUCAGUUCAACGCUCCCUAACAGGUUGGGCAAGAUGCUUGCACCUCUACAUUGGCAUGAUUACAAACGAAAGUAUGGGAAGCUGGAUGAUUUUCUGGCUAGCCAUCCUGAAUUAUUUUUGAUUGAGGGUGACUAUAUUCAACUUAGGGAAGGUGCUCAGAAAAUGGUUGCUGCAACUGCAGCAGUUGCCAAAGUUGCUGCAGCAGCUGCAGCAUCAUCUCCUUACUCUACAUAUAUGUCCACUGUGGCAGUUACUCCUAUGGCUCAAUCUCAUCGCUUGAAAAAGGCUCCUUCAAUUGAUUCCAAAAGUAUAAAAAAUGACAAGGCACUUCAGGAAUAUGCAGUCAUCUCUUCAAAUAUGGGUGAUGAUCCUCUAAAAUUGUCAGUUAUGCAGCAUCAGCAAUCAAAUGGUGCAUGCUUUGGUGCUGCUGGUCUUUCAAAUGUCAAAAUUUUAAGUAAACCUAAGGAUUCUCGGGAAAUGGAUGGCCCUGAAAAUAGGGUUGUCCAGUCUUCUGUACAACUAGCUGUUGGCAAUGGGGGAAGCCUUGACAGAUCAAGUAUUAACAGUGUUCAAAUUUCAGGCUCAGCAAAUGGGAGGCUAGUCUCAAACUUCGCUUCUAAACAGCAGACCAGGGCAACUGGUGCUGUGUACCCUUCUCGAAGAUAGUGAGAACAUGGAGGGGCGUGUAGAUUAUCCUAUCUCACCAGGGUGCCGAUGGAAAGAUACAUGGUGAUGUUUAUAGGGUUUGUGGGAGAAAGUUUUUUGAAGCAUUGACGGGAGUAAUUUUGUGCUCCAAUCAUAAAAUGAUUUUAGUUAUCGGUGCUAUCUCCAGUUUCUAUAGUAAUUUAUUUCUCCCUGCUGUUAACAUUUCGGUGUGCUUUCAUUAAUGUGGGCCUCAUGCUGUUAUAUUCUUGCAUACAUUGCACUGGUAACUGCGAUUUUUUUGUGAAUGCUUGAAAGAUUAAUCAACAUAGUUAACCUUUUCCGUUUG